GCCCAAACGGAGGCCGCCACCGAAGCUCGGCGCGGUGUGCGCGCGCUUGGCGGAGGCCUGGGUCCGUGCUAGAGGCGAGUGAGCUGCCGGAGGGGCGACAGGUCUGCGGCGGAGCAGGCUUUUGUUCUCCGAUCGCGGCUCAGGCUGGGUCUCCGUUACCUCCGUCUCCGCCGAGGGGACGCUGGAAGUCCGUAGCCCGCUGGGAUCACGGCGAGUGGCGGGCGCGCGAUCUGCGGUUGUUGGCCUGACGUAGCGGGCGGUCGUGUUGCUGCUUCACGUUCCUUCCUGUCUCGGGAGGAGAAGCAGAGCUUUGUUUUGUUUUUCGGUUUCUUUCUGGCUCGUCUUCCGCGCCCCAACACCGCCCCCCCGCCCUUGCGACCCAGCUGCAUUGCAUUGCGCUCCACCCAGGCCUGUGUGAGCGUCGCGGCCCGCAGCAUCUCGGAAGCAGUUUGCAUUUGUGGUACUUUGAGUGUCUUCCUAGAAAAAUGAAAAAGCAGGAUCAAAGGUGUGAACAUACUCCUUGUGGAAGAGACUAAAACGUAAAAUUAUAUUUACAGCUGACCACGUUGGCAUCGGCCAGUAAUAUCACGACUCUCAGACUGAGGACUAUGGAUCACAAAUAUGAGAUUUGUGACAUUCAAAACCACAGACUAUACAACACUACUACUAAACCAGACCAAAUAUGAAUUGGAAUGCAAAACCAGAGAAUGCUGCCCCAAACCCACAAUAUUCUAAAAGCCAGUCGUCUCUUUUGCAGCAGCUUUUAUUGCCUUCUUCCACAACUCAAAGUUCUUUUACCUGUCUGCCACAUAAUCAAGACGCAUGCAUGUAUCCCACUAAUUCAAAUUCAGUUUCACAACCACUUCUGAACGUCAGGAGUUACGUAACUCCUCCGAUCUCUGUUUCUAAUAUGCAUAAUAGGACAAUUGUGGCCUCACAGACUUCAGUAGAAAGAGUCACAUAUACACAUGUUAAAGCAGACCAACAACCAAACCACAAUUUGCAAGCAGUAUCUUCAGGAGUUACGCAAAAUGCCUGGAUGAAUUCAGCAAUGAGGAAUUUUAUGCCUUCUCAUUCAGAGGCAACCAUGACUCAUACACCUGAUGGAGGGACUAAUAUGCCUUAUAUGCAUGCACCACAGAGUCAGCUUGUCACAUCAGAUACCUAUUCUGUGCAACUACAAAUGACUCCUUCAAAUUCUGUAAGAGGUCCUGUAACUUACCAAGGAAAUUAUCAAGGAAAUCAAGGACUUAACCAUUCGAUACCAGAUGAGCUUGUUGGCUGGACACAAUGCACAUCCAAUGAACUUACUUAUCCAGAUUACAGGUCACCUCCAAAGCAAUAUCCUUAUUUACCACAAAGCUUUGUGCAAGACACUUCUGUUCAGAAACAAAACUUUGUGUCAUCUACAUCAUUACAAGUUAAAAACAAUCAACUUCCACCUUCUACACAGACCUUACCAUCAAAGCAUCCAGUACCUGUGUCAUCAUAUCAGUAUGCCACAGAAACCAGCAAAAGACUCCCUCUACCACCUUACAGCUGUAGAUAUGGAAGCCAACAUGUGCAAAAUUCUCAGUCUGUUUCUAGACACUUGCCUGUGGAAGUUCCUCAGAGUUCAGAAAUGCACUCAUCUGAAAAAAAGAAAGAUGCUUACAAAGUCUUUCAACAGCAGUGGCCGAACGCUAGCAAAAAUGUCAGUACAAUUGGAAAAUUCUGUGAGUUGAAAAUAAAUACAAAACAGUCUUACAAUGACUCUGCUGGCUCUUCUGGCAAUGGUGUUCAGACACUUGUUCAAAAUAAUCAAGAAGAAAGAAAGUAUUCCUACAAUCCAAAUACAAAUCAAAUAGUAGACACAAAUGUCACAAAAGAAAAACUGGUGAGGGAUAUUAAAACACUAGUAGAAAUUAAAAAGAAAUUUUCAGAACUUGCAAGAAAAAUUAAAAUCAAUAAAAAUCUUUUGAUGGCAGCUGGAUGCAGUAAAACAGCUAAUACUUCUUAUACUGAACCAACUCAGCAUUCUGAAUUUUCUCCAAAAGUAAUGUCUGCUAAAAGGGACAGUCAGUGCUCCAUGGAAUUACUAGCAACAUGUCUUUCUCUUUGGAAAAACCAACCUCCAAAAACCACAGAAGAAAAUGUUCCAAAACCUUUAGAAGAAAAACAGUAUAAUGCACCAAGAGCUAGUACAACAGCAGUUGGCCGUUCAAAUACCAUGAAUGAAGUUCAUGUGAAGAACUUUUGUUCAGGUGUUAGAAAUUCUCAGAAAAUAACGACCUCAUCACAAACAGCCUUGUCAGUUCUCACACCGAUUUAUGAGUCUUCAGAUGUAGCUGUUGGAAAAGGAACAGAGCUUCAGAUUGCUGUGGUUUCACCUUUAAUUCUUUCUGAUGUCAAUACUGUACCUGGGAAAGAGUUAGCACCUGAAGUUGUACCAGAAACUGUGUAUCCAGUUGUUAAGGAAGGCAGUGUUUGCAUCAUACAAAACCAGCAAGCAGGAAAUGGAACAGUAACUACUGCUUUGCCCUUUGAUGUUACCGGAGCAGUAGCAAGUACUACUGUAUCAGCUGAACUAACCUUGCCUGUGCAUAAGGAAAAGCAGCACAAACCAACACAGAGUGAUCUAGACAUAGCUGAUAGCAGCCUAGGGAAACACUCUUCCCUGGGUGCUGAAGCUUUGCCUAACCCUAGUGACAGCACCAUUGUGAGUGAACCUGUGUUACAGAUUGAAAGUAUCUGUUCUCUUGCAGAAGGUGAUGUAUCUUACAAUUCCCAGAUAGCAGAGAUAUUCAACUCUUUACAAAAUGAGCCCCAGAAACCUUCUCCUAAUCAGGUAAUUAAUAGUCACCAAGAAAAACAAGUAGAUAGCAUUGCUGAAAACAAAGACUGUAGUUUUCAGGAAGAUACAUGUGUGCAGGGUACAAAUGGUCCUCAUGAAGUCCCUGAACAGCCAGAGAUACUGGAGCCUUUACAGGCAGCAUCUAAUGAGUAUGUUGAAGCAAACAGAGAAAUCCUAGAGGAAGGCAGUAAGGAGGACACUGAGGAAAAAGAGACAACUAAGGACAUGUGUUUACCAGCUGCAGUCCAGCAAGAUCCUCAGCCUCAGGAAACUGAAAGGGCCAGCAGUAAGUCAGGACACAGUCUUCCUGCAGUAAAUGAGAUUAAUGAUGAAAAUGAACCUGUUUCAUACCUACAUGACCAGCUCUCAGAACUUCUAAAAGAGUUCCCUUAUGGCAUUGAGACUACUGCCAGGCCUGAAGUUUAUGUGGGCCGACAAAAGACACAUGAAAUCUUAGGAAGUCAAACUGGUAGCAAAACUGGUAGUAUGUCUGGGAAUAGCACAGACCAAAUAAAAGUUACAUUGUUAAACGCAGAACAAAUCAAAGAAUUAUUCCCUGAAGAGGACUUAGGCAAGUUGGAAGAACCCAAGAAUACAAAAGUUAUUGCAGAAGUAAAGAGCCUGUGUAAUUCACAGGUCCCCAGAAAAGAAAGUAAUGACCCUGGGAUGUUGGAUAAGGAGAAAGACAAAAUCCAUUGCUGUGCCUUGGGCUGGCUCUCAAUGGUUUAUGAAGGUGUGCCACAGUGUCAUUGCAAUUCCAUGGAAGAGAAAGAGAAAGACCAGUGUUCUUUGGAGUUCACUAAUUGUAAACAAGAAGAGCAGACUUGCAAUAGUGGAAUCACUAUUUUUGAAAUUAAUCCUAUUUCUAGUAACCUAAAAAGUUCUCUGAUCCAAGAAGCUGAGAAAGGCCAUUUUUCUGAUAUACAUGGUGAAAAGAUAAAAACAUCUGAAACAAAAGACAGCAGCUCACCCAGGGUAGAACAGGAAUUAACUGAUCAUUUUUCAGUGACCUGUUAUCAGAAAGAUAAAGAUAUAUCUAAAACAAAACAGGAUAGCUCACUGAAAAUAGAACAAAAAAUGAAAAAUCUUUCUUCCAAAUGUGACAAACCAAAUCCCUUAAAAAGCAAUAAAAUACCAUCCCCUGAAACAUUUAAUGUGGUAACUUCCAACUCUGGUAAAAAUAUGCCAGCAUUUCCUAAACAAGAUUCUCAGGAAAGCCUGUCGAAGAAACACAUAGCCCAAGACUCAGAUCCAAUAAAAGGACAUGAAGGACUUUUGCCAAGUAAAGAUCCGUGCAGGAGGAAUAGCUUUUUGGUACAGUCGGUGUCACCAGAAAAGAAAAAAUUAAAAUUCAAAUCAGGUAGUUCCAAACUUAAAUAUUUUGAAAAAAGAAAAAAUGACCAUGUGCUUACCCCAGAUGUGGAAAUAAAAAAGAAGAAAUACGAAAAACAAGAGCAGAACAAAAAUGCUGGGAGCACACUCAAAUUGUGUAGUACUUUGACCGAAUCAAAUGAAAGCGCCUGUGCUAAAGAAAAGAUAGUGACAAAUUCUGAGCCCUCAGACUCGAAGGGAAACUCCUCUAAGAGUACUAAAGUUAUAACUCUGCAGGAAUACUUACAGCGGCAAAAAGACAAACAUGUAAUGGGCAAUAAUGCCUCCAAAAAUGUAGAAAAUGUGCCGUGUGACUCUGAACACAUAAAGUCAAGUAAGCAUUCUGCUUCACCCAGCUGGGGAAAGUUAAUUGAGGGUCAGGGUGUCAGUGCAGAGACUUCUAAAGAAGCAGAACAUAAUUCCACCAGCCGUGAUAAGAAUCGCAAGACCCACCAUUCUGAGGAGGCUAGGACAUACAGUGUGUCAAACAGUAAAGGAAAAUUUGAUAAGAAGCAUCCAGAAAAAGCUUAUAUUGAUAAAACCAAAUUAGAAAGAUUGACCAAUAUGAGUGUUAAGUCUAGCCAACUACCUCUCCAGGUAAAGGAACAAAGGAAACAGUACCUGAAUCGAGUUGCAUUUAAAUGCACAGAACGGGAAAGUAUUUGUCUCACCAAAUUGGACAGUGCAUCCAAGAAACUCAGUAAAGAGAAAGAAAAGAGUAGGGCCUGUACACCCAUGACAAAAAAUGACAAACACAAGCCCAUGUUGGAGUUUAAAUUAUGUCCAGAUGUGCUAUUGAAGAAUGCAAGCUCCGGUGACAAACAGGAUGAUCCAAGGGCUGGACCUGAGAAGGAGAAAGCACCUGUGCAAGUUUCAGGAAUAAAAACUACAAAAGAAGACUGGCUAAAAUGUAUCCCUACAAGGACAAAGAUUCCAGAAUCAAGUCAAGAAAUAGAUCGGGCUGAGUCAAGACUAUCUAAGAGAAGCUUCAGUGCAGAUGAAUUUGAAAUGCUACAAAACCCAGUAAAAGAUUCAAAUGUCAUGUUCCGGACUUACAAAAAGAUGUACCUGGAGAAGAGAAGCAGAAGCCUCGGGAGCAGUCCAGUGAAGUAGUCACAGGAUAUAGUGGUUUUGCUUUUACCUCCAGGAAGUCCCUAACUUUUUCUUUUCAGAAAUUCCUUGCUGGAAAUAACUCAGGACUUUCACAUUUGGAAUUCUCAUGUUUUUCAUUGAUACUGUGUGAUCGAAAUGUUGGAUUAGCUGCUGGUGAACAGGCAAAGAAAUAGUUUGCAUUUGUCUGUGAACUACAAAAUGUGUGAUCUUCUACAUUUUGAACCAUGUUUACUGUUUUAAGUCUGGCUGGCACAGUGGUGCACACUUGUGAUCCUAACAUUUGGCAGAUGGAGACAAGAGGAUCAGGCUACGUGAGACCAUCUCCAAAACAAAAACAACAGCAACCAAAAAGAACAUGAAGGUGACUUGUGCAAAUCUUACUCCGAAAUGCUGUCAUCCUGACAUAACUCUUCAUCAGCUGAGGACUUGUUUGACUGGGGCUGUAAAUAUAUUUUCAUUUCUAAGCAUAUUAGCAAAACUUAUUUUUCAAAAAAUGCCCACUGUGAAUGUCAAAGUAUAUUCGUACGUAUUUUGUACUUUAUUGUAUAGGUUUUUCCAGAAAUCUUGUUUUAUACUUUUGUUAAACUGAAUGGAGUUUUUGGAAGAUGUUUUGACAUUACUUUUCAUACUUGAAAUAAACAUUUAUUUUUUAAAGAA